AUGAAUGCAUUACCUUCAUAUCAAGUGUAUGGAGCUUUCGACCUGAACUGGGAAACAUACACCACUAAACCUCUUGUCGCUGUGGAAGUGAAUAAAGUAUUGAAAGCAUUGAGUGCCUAUCAUGAUAAAUAUAAAUGUACGGAUAAGAUUGCAAGUGCCUGGUAUUAUGCAUCACAACAGGAGAAAAGUGAACAACUCAAGGGUGAAUGGUGUGAUUUCCUGUAUUUUUGGAUAGGGAAAACAGUAUAUGAGAAAUUAGAAGAUAAAACACAAUUCGGAAGAGCUAUGAGAGAUAUAUACGGAAAAUUGGGAACGUUAUCCCCCGAUGAGAAAUGUGGCAGAGUAGAGCACAGCAACAGUAAAUCCAUUUUCGACCGGAGAAAAGCAGUAUUCGACUACUGGAACAACCAUGGAACUAUAGAAGAUUACGUAAAGGGUACCAAAGGCGGCUGUGGGGGAAAAUAUGCCAAGUAUUUGGACGGAGUUAUUACGCACUAUGAAGAAAUAUAUAAAUUCUGUUCUCGGGAGAGCCAUGAUGCGUACUGUAUACAAAUUGACAAAAUACUUAAUAGUGACAAACAUCCAAAUAAAUUAAAAUCGCAAUGUGGUGGAUAUUCAAGCAUGUUGCCUUCAGAAGGAGUAUAUUCUCUAUUCAACGCACCACUAGGGUGCGAAGUACUUUAUGAAGGACAAAAUAAGGAGCAGGGAAUAGUGAAGAAACUGGAGCAAAUAUUGAAGAAGUACAAGGACAUUCCUGAGGGUUUUGCCAAUGAAAUUCUACAGAACUUCUGUUACGCAUGUUGGAUGAAUGAAAAAAAUAAGUCGUCCGAUGAUGAUAAUACACCUUGUUAUUUUUUGUUCUUCUGGAUUGGUCAUAAAAUAUGGGACAAAUUGAAGACAGAUGGAACUUUUGGGACGGUCAUGAACGACAUUUACAAAGAAUUGAAGACAUUCCAAUGGGAAGAGGGUCAGCACCAAAGGGACUGCAUUAAUAUAUACCCUGAUAUUAUGGAAUAUAAAUGCAAAGCUUUUAAAAAUUUUUUUGACUAUGAAUAUAACAUUAAAGCUUUAAAGAGUAAACCGAAUUGUAAUGGACAUGUCAUUGAUCCAAGCCACAAGGUAGGUGAUUGGAGUGCUCAGCAAGGAUAUACAUUGUCAUGUGGUGCCUGUGGGACUACUACGAAUGAAUAUUGUAAAAAAUUUAGGGAAGAAUAUAUAGACACUCAGAAGUGCAACUCACAACCGAAGGAACUACCAGAACAACUAACAUGCCCCAGAGCAGUCAAACCUGCUACAGCAGCAAAACCUGUUGCUGCCAAACCUGCAGUCACUGGGACCUGCGAGCUAGGUCCCCCCUGUCCAAACCCAAAUCAAGCUGGUAGUAGUGGCAGUUUUGGUGAUGCUCAUGGACACAGUGGUGGAGAAGGAAAAGGAGGGAGUGACGGUGGUGGUAGUCACAGAAAAGAAGGUGGCGACCACGCUGAUUCUGAUGGUGCCGUGGUACCUGCUGUAUCUGGUGGACUUGCUGCAGUAGGAUUACCAACAAUUCUUGCUUUCCUUUUUUACAAGUAUAAACCUUUCUUCUUGAGGAAGCAUAAUCACUCUGGAAAUGGAAGCAGGAGCGGAAGCAGAAGAAAGAAAAGAUCAACAUUCAGACAUGAAUUAAAUACCUUGACAGACGACGACGACAACACUUCUACAGAAACAUAUUCAAGAACCAACCUAACAGAAACUGCAACAGAAUAUUCUGUUCCAUAUAUUAGAUAA